AUGACCAACGAAACUCCAACACUUCUGGCCGGUGCAGCCUGCGGCAUGGAACGGCCAGACUAUGGAGACUAUGGAAACAGUGAGGACGGCCUUACUGUUGGCAUCCAGGUUAUCCAGCGUGCUUUUCAGAGGAAGGUGAACAGCCUUGAGCAAGAGAUCAAAAAGAUGGAGCUCACCUGCGAGGAACACAGGGCCAGUGUGACAAACCUGGACCGGAAGACCUCUGCGUUGCAGGUGGAGCUUGUCGAGUCCAAAGAGCGAUGGGAACAGCUGCAGGAUGAGGAGAAGGAGCUGUACAAAACCUUGGGAUCUUUGAAGAAGCAGAUUCUGAGGCUGGAAAGCCUCAAAGCUGCAGUGUUAAAGGAGAUCCAGGAUGACCAGCACAAAGAAGCCGAGCUGGGAGAGUUGAAGUCACUCAUGAGUGAUGAAUACUUUAGGGGCACCAUGCCGCUAACUGCGGGAGAGCUUGGUUAUGGUCCAUCUCGUGAGGCGCCAAGGUUUUCACCUGUGACUUCGGGACCCCAGGUCUUCCCCUCUGAACCUCGCACACAGGGCCCCCGUGCACCUGUGGCUGCAUCCCUGCCAUCGUACGGUGGUCGAAGUGACGAUGCCAGCAUUGGCUCACGGCCACCGGUGGUGGAUGGAAAGGCCUUUUUCAGGUUGGCGAGAUCGCGGCUGCCCAUUGAGGACUUUAACAAGUUCCUGGCCAGCAUCAAGCGUCUCAACAACCAGCAGCAGACCCGCGAGGAUACCAUGAAAGAGGCCAGCCGGAUCUUCGGCCCCGAACGUGCUGAUCUGUUUCGAGAUUUCGAAGCUCUGCUCACGCGCCACGGCAUGUGAAAGGCACAAGUUCCCGGCCAUCUUCAGGGGACUCUCUGACUCUCUGCGUUGCCGAACGGGUUGAUGUUGCUGGAAAAGGUUGGAUGAACAAGAC